AUGCUUGAGGCCAAGAAGGGUCUGAACCAAGGAGAUGAUAUUGCCGGCGUGAUGGUAAAAGUCGGAUCGAAUGUAGUCGAAUUCAAGACAGGCGACCGUGUCGCAGCGUUCCACGAAAUGUGUACGCCCGGUGGCUCGUAUGCUGAGUAUGCAAUAGCCUGGAGUCAUACAACUUUCCAUUUGCCUAAACAUACGUCGUUUGAAGAAGCUGCAACGAUCCCCCUUGCAGCCUUGACUGCUGCUAUUUCCUUGUACGCGCACCAUCGCUUCCCACCCCCAUGGGUACCUUCAGUGAAACCGACCCCAUUUAUCGUGUACGGUGCAAGCACGGCUGUCGGCUCAUUCGCUCUCAAACUGGCAUGCAAUAGUAACAUCCAUCCAAUUAUUGCUGCGACAUGCUUUUUGGUCACCAUUGACUUUUCUAGCUAG